ACCGCCGCGGCUAACGCACGUGUCGGCGAUGUGUAGCGCGUCGCCACCCCUCCCCCCCUCUGCGACUCGCGCGUGACGUGUAAGCGUUGUGACCGCAGUGAGUGUUGUUAGUGCAGGCCGCGGCUGAAACGCGGCGCGCGAUGCGAACGCGCCGCGACUAGUCCAUGCGACUGGUCGCAACACUUCCUUACACCCUGUAAGUGUUUAUGUGACGUCGGCUAAGCCGCAGUGAAAUCUCACGGCUGAUUGAGUGCUCGUCUCUUGACGGUCUAUAUUUCACGCUGUAUGUAGAUCGUGGCGGCUCGGCGCACGAUGUGCGCGUGUCCGUGGCGGCUGCAUGCCUUCACCGCCGCGCUCGUGCUCGCCGCGCAUCUCAUCAAAGUGUUGUCAUGCGGCGAGGUGACGGGCGGCGCGCGGCUCGCCAAACGCUACGUGGGGCUGUACACGGGGCCCUACUUCGACCCCUCCGCGCCCAACAACAUCACCACACAGCUCGGCACGCACGCCUAUCUCCCUUGCAAGGUGCGGCAGCUCAGCAAUAAGUCGGUGUCGUGGAUCAGACGCCGCGACGCUCACAUCCUCACGGUGGACCGGUUCACCUUCAUCGCGGACGAGCGCUUCCAGGCUUUCCUUGUCGAGGCCACCGACACUUGGACCCUGCAGGUGAAAUACGUGCAAGCGCGUGACGCCGGAGUGUACGAGUGCCAGGUCGGCACGGAACCUAAGAUGAGCCACUUCGUGCAGCUCAACGUUGUAGUGCCAAAGAUCGAGAUCGUGGGCGAGUCGGACCUGUACGUGAAGGCGGGCAGCACGGUGAGCCUGAAGUGCGUGAUCACGCAGGCGCUGGAGGAGCCCGCCUACAUCUUCUGGUACCACAACGACGAGCGCGUGCUCAACUACGACCGCACUCUCGUGGAGAUCCGCAUGGAGCGCGUCGCGCCCGACACCACGGUGGGCAAUCUGAUCAUCUACUCCCCGCGGCGCGAGGACUCCGGCAACUACUCGUGCUCGCCCUCCAACCUCGACUCCGCCUCCGUCGUGCUGCACGUGCUCAGCGGCGAGCAGCCGGCGGCCAUGCAGCACGGCAACGCGGCGCCGGCGCCGGCCGCCGGCGCGCGCGUGCUCGCCGUCGCCGCGCUCGCGCUCGCGCCGCGACUGCGGCUGCUGGCGCUGGCAGCGCUCGCCCUACUCAUCCCUGUGAUGUGCCAUGAUGAAGACGAGCCGAGCAAAUAGCGGCGCGAGUGACAGUGAGUGAAGUGAGUGACUCAGUGACGCUAAACUAAACGUCCAAACAUUCGCAUGCGAUGCGAGUGCUAACUUAAAUAUUGUAAAUUUUCAAAUACCUAUAUUGAUUAGUCGAAUGAUCGGUCGGGAGCGUUGUGAUAUGAACGAUUAGAAACGAUCGAGAAGGAAUUAUUUAUAUCGGUACUAAAGUUUAUAAAUUAUUAUGGGAAACAAACUUUGUAAAUAGUCGGGAGUUUGUAAAGUUGUACAUAUUAUAAUUGAGCGACGCGUUCGCCCUAGCUACAUCGAAAUUGAUAUCGUCGCUAGACGCAGGAUUUGUUAACAGUACAAAUGUCGAUCGGAAUUGUGACGACACAGUCUAGCUACGGGCUCCAUAGGUUUCUAUUGUUAUUGUAUACUUUGUUACGUAUUGUAAAUACUUGUUUUGUAAACUGAGUACUUACUACUAAAUAACCCGCGGCGGUCACUUCUCCUACGUGCAAGCUCUCCUUCGAUCUCCGGACGUUAACUUGUGAGAGCAUUGUUUUAAUUAUUGAUGGCCCAGCCACGUGUAUAUACUAUUUUACACACACUAUGUUUGCACGUAUGAGAACAAAUUACAAACUCUGAUCACACACAUGUCCACAAAACUCCAUCAAUUUAAAAUUAUUAAAACUAUUAGACCAGUGUUUUUCAAUCUGUGGGACAACUGAGGAAACAUUAGUCAGGCGCUCGCUUCCAGAUCAAAUUCCUACUUACCAAUUACUUGCCUCGAUCUUUCUUUCCAAACUCUCACGGCUUAUUGCAGAGUGUAGGUUUUAAUAAUGAAUAAAUCUAUAAAUAAAUAAAGAAAGUCGUAAAUGUAGUAUUUUGAUUAUAUUAUUAAUUUUGUCUUUCUAUGGCUUAACAAAGGGGUCGCCAAAUUGUUUAGCUUGCAAAAGGGGUCAUGUACUCUAAAAGUUGGAAAAACACGCGAUUGGGCCUUAGUCAGAAAUAUUUUAGUUUCUUCUUAAAAGAUAUAGUUAAUGCUGCCAUAGCAUUCCAUCAUUAGCUUACAGAGUGCAUUUGUGUGUGUCAGUGUAGUAUUGUAAUUCCUCGGCGCGGUUCCCUUGAGUUCCCAUCGAGCGCUGCAAGAUGGCGCCGUGUUGUUAAUUUAUGUAAUUUACGUCGACAGUGAUUCCGAAUUGAGUGACUUUGGUUGAUUGACACUGUUACUGCCUCACUUGUAAAUAAUAAAUGUAAGUAAUACAAAUAAAAAUGAGAUCGUUGAAACAUUAA